AUGGCGAUCGAAGGCGUCAGCUUUAUUUCGCUCGUCACCGCAGACCCCACCAAAUUCAAGGAGGCCUGCGAGUUUUACCGCCGCUUGGGUUUCCGGUUGGCCAAAAACUACUCCAAGCUUUCGAGUAGCGGUGCUGCCGUUGCCCAUCAUCCAAAGUUGCUGCUGGGACUUUGCACAGACUCGAUUCGUGAAGUCUGGUUAGAGAGCUUCCCCUUGCAAAAUACUGAUGAAAACGGCUGCGUUGUUCCAUGGCAAGAAUUACGCUUUUACAAUGGCGACCACACCGCGCCAUUGGCACCUAGUACGUGUCUCAAGAUCCUCUUAUCGCCACUGGAGGUCAUCGAGCCUGUUUUCGCGGGGCUUGAGUUUUUCAGUCCGGAAUUGGGCAAGGUGGCUGAGAUCUUAGGUUCGAAAGAAGUUUCGCAAGAGGACGAAAAGAACCCCAAGGCAAAGCGUGUUUUGGCCACAGACCCGCUUGGAAACCACGUAAGCUUCAGCAACACUUCUGAAGGCCGUGUUUUCAACAGCACCAAAGAAUACAUUGAUUACCGCACACAGCUUCUUGUCAAGGAGGAAGAGGCGCAAGAACCUGCCCCUGCGGCACCCACAGCUGCUAAGAAGAAGAAGAUCGCAGUCAUGACUUCCGGAGGAGACUCGCCUGGUAUGAAUGCCGCAGUUCGUGCUGUGGUUCGGGCCGGUAUUUACUUGGGCUGCGACAUGUUUGCCGUGUACGAAGGUUACGAGGGUUUGGUACGCGGAGGUGACUUGUUGCGCCGCAUGGAAUGGGACGAUGUGCGUGGUUUCCUUUCCUUUGGUGGUACGAACAUCGGAACGGCGCGCUGUAUGGCUUUCAAGGAAAGAAAGGGCCGCUUGGCUGCGUGCAAGAACAUGGUGGACGCUGGCGUGGAUGCGCUUGUGGUUUGCGGUGGAGAUGGUUCUUUGACCGGUGCCGACUUAUUCCGUUCCGAGUGGCCUUCUCUUAUUGACGAGUUGGCUCAAAAUGGAGACAUUACCGAGGAAAAGGCCGAGUACCAUCGCCACUUGACCAUUGUGGGUCUCGUGGGCUCCAUUGAUAACGAUAUGGCAAGCACAGACGCUACUAUUGGUGCCUACUCGUCCUUGGAACGUAUUUCUGAGAUGGUUGACUACAUUGACGAGACUGCGCUGUCUCACUCUAGAGCGUUCGUCGUCGAAGUUAUGGGCCGUCAUUGUGGCUGGUUGGGUUUGAUGGCUGGUUUGUCCACCGGUGCCGACUACAUUUUCAUCCCAGAGAAACCUCCUCGUCAUGGCGAAUGGCAAGAGGAACUUAAGAAGGUGUGUCUGCGUCAUCGUGGUUACGGUAAACGUAACACCACAGUGAUUGUGGCUGAGGGUGCCAUAGACGAUCAGUUGCAGCCAAUCACUUCCGAGCAUGUGAAGAAUGUGCUUGUGGACAUGAAACUUGACACCCGUAUCACUACAUUGGGUCACGUUCAAAGAGGAGGUACAGCGGUGGCAUAUGACCGUUUGUUGGCAACCUUGCAAGGUGUCGAGGCAGUUCAUGCUGUUUUGGAGAGUACUCCAGAAACGCCAUCACCAAUGAUUGGUAUUCUCGAAAACAAAAUUGUGCGCCAGCCUUUGGUCGAAUCUGUUCGUCUUACAAAGCUGGUAGCAGAAGCCAUCGAAAACAAAGACUUUGAAAAGGCCAUGAGUCUCCGUGACUCGAGUUUUGCCAACGCCUACGAAACUUACUUGUCGACAGCAAUCCAUGACGAUGGAACACAGCUCUUGCCGGAGAACGAGCGCUUGAAUAUUGGUAUUGUGCAUGUCGGUGCCUCGUCGUCUGCGCUUAAUGCCACCACACGUGCAGCAGCAUUGUACUGUUUGUCCAAGGGCCACAAAUUGUUCGCCAUCCAGGACGGUUUCUCUGGCUUAGCUCACAGUGGAGUUGUUAAGGAAUUGAGCUGGAUGGAUGUGGAUGGCUGGCACAACCGCGGUGGUUCCGAAAUUGGUACUAACCGUUCGUUACCUAGCGAAAGUUUUGGCAAUGUUGCUUACUAUAUGCAGCGGUACCAGUUUAAUGGUUUGUUGAUCUUGGGUGGCUUUGAGGCUUUCACAGCUUUGCAUGAGUUGGAGUCCCACAAGCAUGAGUACCCAAUUUUCAACAUCCCUAAGGUGGUGAUCCCGGCCACUGUGUCUAACAAUGUUCCUGGAACGGAGUACUCCUUGGGUUCGGAUACAUGCUUGAACCAAUUGGUCAACUACUGUGACGCCAUUAAGCAAUCCGCCUCAUCCACGAGAAGACGUGUCUUUGUUGUCGAGGUGCAGGGAGGUAACUCAGGUUAUGUGGCAUGUUACGCUGGUUUGGUCACCGGUGCUAUGGCUGUUUACCGUCCUGAACAAAACAUCAACUUGAAGAGCAUCCGCGAAGACAUUGAUUUGUUGACAGCUGUUUUCAAGAACGAUCGUGGUGAGGACAAAAACGGUAAGAUCGUCAUUCGUAACGAACAUGCAUCUUCUGUAUACUCUACCGAGUUGUUGGCAGACAUUUUCCGUGAUGACUCUCAUGGUCGUUUCGAAACUAGAACUGCUAUCCCUGGUCAUGUGCAACAAGGUUUCACUCCUAGCUCUAUGGACCGGCUGUACGCUGUGCGUUUUGCUGUGGAAUCAGUCAAAUACAUUGAAGAGUGGAGUCGAAAGGCAUUCAACACUAUCCAUCGCGACCACACAAGUCACCAUUCCGUCAACAACAUCAAGAUGAUUGAAUUGAUGAGAAAGGAGGAGAAGGCAUCGGUGGUAAUUGGUAUUCAAGGAGCACUGUUAAAGUUUUCCGACGUAAACGACUUAUACGAGAAAGAUGCAGACGUUUCUUUGAGAAAGGGUCGUACGGUGCAUUGGUCAAGACUUGCAGAGGUAGGUGACAUUUUAAGUGGCCGUUUGAUGUUGCGUGAGGGUAAGGCGUGA